UUAAGCAGAAGUAAUAUUGUGAAGUUCCCGGGAAAAAAGAUUCUUUUGAACUUCUUCUCCAUUCGCUUUCGAAAAAAUAAUAGUUUCUUAAGCAAAUGGCAAUGGCGAGGCACAACGGCAAAAGACUCGCGGCCUCGAUUAUCCAGCUCAGCCGCUUCUUCUCUUCCGGCCCUUUUGACCCUCCUCCCGUUUUUCCUCCUCGCAGAGUUGUUGUAACAGGUUUAGGAAUGGUUACUCCGUUGGGUUGUGGCGUGGAAGUCAACUGGAAGCGUGUAAUAGAAGGAGAAUGUGGGAUUAGGGAAAUAACUGUCGAAGAUUUGAAGAUGAAUGGAUUUGAUACCGAGACACAGCUGCAUACUUUCGAUCAAUUGACAUCCAAAGUCGCUGGAAUCGUACCCUGCGGAUCAAAACCGGGUGAAUUCGACGAGGAGUUGUGGCUUAACUCUAAGGAGCAUAGGUCAAUUGCCAGAUUUAUAGGGUACGCAUUAUGUGCGGCUGACGAGGCUCUAAAGGAUGCAAAUUAUAUGCCCACCGAGCAGGAUGAGAAGGAAAGAACGGGAGUUUCCAUAGGUGCAGGAACUGGUAGCAUCAGUGAUAUAUUGGAUGCUUCAAGACUGAUAUGUGAAAAGAAACUACGCAGGCUGAGUCCAUUUUUCAUACCAAGGAUAUUAAUCAAUAUGGCUUCGGGCCAUGUGAGUAUGAAGUACGGAUUUCAGGGACCAAACCACGCUGCAGUGACAGCUUGUGCUACCGGGGCCCAUUCUAUCGGAGAUGCUGCAAGAAUGAUUCAGUUCGGAGAUGUUGAUGUUAUGGUUGCUGGUGGGACCGAGGCAAGCAUAGAUGCUUUGUCCAUAGCUGGAUUUUGUCGGUCAAGAGCACUGACAACCAAGUACAACGAUGUUCCUAAAGAAGCUUCUAGACCUUUCGAUUGCGGCCGUGAUGGAUUCGUUAUAGGUGAAGGUUCCGGAAUCCUGGUUUUAGAGGAGAUGGAGCAUGCAAAGAAGCGAGGAGCUAAAGUAUACUCAGAGAUUCGCGGUUAUGGCAUGUCGGGUGAUGCACAUCAUAUUACUCAACCGCACGCUGAUGGAAGAGGGGCUGUUUUAGCCAUGACACGUGCUCUGAAGCAGUCGGGGCUGAACCCUAACCAGGUGGAUUACAUCAAUGCACAUGCUACAUCUACUCCUUUGGGCGAUACUGUAGAAGCCAAGGCAAUUCUGUCUUUGUUUGGCAGUCAUGCAGCAUCGGGUGCUUUGGCUUUGUCUUCGACAAAGGGUGCUGUUGGACAUCUUCUUGGAGCAGCUGGAGCAGUUGAAGCGGUCUUGUCUGUAUUAGCUAUACACCAUGGAACUGCACCGUUAACGCUCAACCUCACAAAACCGGAUCCCGUUUUCAAUGGUGAGUUUGUGCCAUUGAGUGCUUCAAAAAACAUGGCUAUUAAAGCGGUUUUGUCGAACUCUUUCGGCUUCGGUGGAACAAAUUCAUCGCUGCUGUUUGCUGCUAUAGAUUGAGUGAGGGCAUCAUGAAUUUUAUUAUACUUAGCUCUAUUUAUUUAAUAGCAAUUUUAUUUAUAUCCUUGAAUAAAUUGGAAAUUUUGGUUUCAGUUUUGGAUUAAUUAUUGUUUUUAUUGCAUAAUAAUUAAUGAGCUUUCCAUGAAUAGGAAACCUCUAUAUAAAUAGGAUGU